AUGGCUUCAAUAAACAGUUCAACAGAAGGAGGGAUCAACAACCUAGGGUUGUUGACUUUAGCAGCUACUCCGGGUAUGGCAGGAUCGAUGCCCAACAUCACUCAUUAUCUACCUAUCAAGUUGAACAGCGACAACUAUCUCCUAUGGCAUCCGCAACUUCUUCCCAUUCUCAGAAAUCGCAAACUUAUGGGAAUAGUGGAAGGUAAAACUCCUGGACAUCCUAAAGAAAUUGAUGAUCCAGAGGAUUUGACAAAGAAAAUUAUCAAUCCAGCGUUUGAUCAUUGGUACCAACUGGAUCAGUUGUUAAAGAGACAACUCCAAAGUCUCAAGAAAGGUACCCUUUCCAUUUCCGAAUAUAUACAGAAAGCCAAAGGUAUUGCCGACAACCUUUUUGUUGUUUCUGAACUUGUCUCCAGACAAGAUCUUGUUAUGUGUAUUUUGAGUGGACUCGGAUCUGAAUAUGAAUCCAUUAUUACUACUAUUGCUAAUCGAGUUGACUUUGAUAAACUAAGAAUUGCUAAUCGAUCUGAAUAUGAAUCCAUGAUUAAGGUAUUACUUAAUCAUGAGUCUUGGCUCCGAGAAAUUCACUAUCUUAACACAGAUGAUAGUGCUUUUGCCAAUCUUGCUUCGACCAACAAAAAUCAUUCCCAGCAAUCCCAGCAAUCGCACAAUAACUCACAGCACAUAAGCGACAGAGGCGGACAUGGCAAUCACACUAAUGGUUUAGGACAUGGUAGAGGUUGA